AUGACUCUUUCACCCUCCGCCGCGUCGGGCGCGCGACGGCUUCGUCGGCUCACGACAGCCCGUCGUCUCUUCCGGAGACGGACGCAGAGCAAUUCGCCCUCAGCGGACCCUGAAACGGCCGAGAUCCGUGCGACGUUCGACUCCUUCGACACCGACGGAUCAGGAAGCGUGAGUGCCGACGAGCUGGAGGCUAUGCUGGGGCAACUCGGGUUUACCGCCGGUGAGGUGGCUGAGAUGGUAUCGCAAGCAGACACCGACAAGAACGGAGAACUGGAUUUCGAUGAGUUUCGGACUCUCAUCAAUGAGGACGGCUCUGCUUAUGGUCCAAGCGAGGCCGAGGAGAAGCAGCUCUUUGACCUGUUCGACACGGACAAGUCGGGUUCGAUCGACACGAAUGAGCUGUACGCGAUGCUGCGCCAGCUCGGCAUCGACGCGCGCGUGGCGCAAGUCCAGGACUACCUCGACCGGCUGGACAGUGACCACAACGGCACGCUCGAUUACGACGAGUUCAAGGAUCUCGCGAAAGAG